UCUUCGUUAGAGAAAUAAACGGAAAAACUUUGGGAAAUCAGAAACAAUAUUAAGACACUUCUGAAAUCAAUCGAUUUUUGUUCUAAAAAAAGAAGCAAGUUAUCCAAUUCCUCGCUAACUAAUCGUUUUCUAUCUUAAUCACUUGUUUGGAUUUAAGCUUUGUUUCUUCGUUACUGAAUCCUUUGAUUCUUUCCCUGUGGUAAGAAUCCAUCGCCAUUUUUAUUUUCUCAUAAACCACACACAAUUUGAUUGAUUUGUAUUCUGAAAUUCCUGAUUAGAGUCCACCUAAAUCUUCGAGUUAUACCGUGUUACGGAUUUCAGGGUGGGAUCGGAAUCUAUGUUCUAAUUUUUUCCAGAAGGUUCUGAUAUAUUGAGGUUCGAGGUGGUACUGAUAUAUUUUAUGAUUUUGAGGACCUACCCUCAAUCUGUUGGAUUAGGGUUUGUUCUUGGAGUCAUGAAUUUGGAAUAAUUUUAAGGAUUUUAGAAUUAUUUUUUCUUUGUGGUUUUUCUGUACAGAUUUUCUUGUUUAGAAUUCUGUGUUUCUGUAUUAGGUUGAUUCUUCCAUUUAAAAAUUAGGGUUUGUUCUAAAAGGAGAUGAAUUUGUGAAACUGUUUCUUGUUGUUGGGUUCUUUGUUCUUAGGCUUCGGUACAUUGAUUUAGGGCACAAAAAACUGUUGUUGUUUAGGACAAGAUGUCUGUAUCUGGACUUGUUCUUAGUCCUAUCCGCGAUGAAUCCAUUGAUUCCGUCCAUUCCCUUGGAAAUUUCAAUACCCACCCUGAUCCUUCUUCGAAUGAAUCCAUCCUUGUUUACCUUACUGUUGGGGAUUCCUUGAUUCCAAUGCGUGUAUUUGAAUCAGAAUCGAUUUCUUCUGUGAAACUAAGGAUUCAAUCAUGUAAAGGUUUUGUGGUAAAGAAGCCAAAACUGGUUUUCAGUGGCAGGGAAUUAGCACGAAACGAUUCCCUCAUUAGGGAUUAUGGUGUUAGUGAUGGUAAUGUUCUUCAUCUGGUCCUUAGAACUUCUGAUGUUCAAGCUAUUUCUGUUAGGACUACUUGUGGGAAAGAGUAUGAAUUCCAGGUUGAGAAGAAGAAAAAUGUAGGAUACGUGAAGCAACAAAUUGCCAAGAAAGGUGAGGUUUUUGAUGAUGUUAAGGAACAAGAAUUGAUAUGUGAUGGUCAGAAACUUAAUGAUCAGUGGCUCAUUGAUGAUAUUUGUAAAAAGAAUGAUGCUGUUAUUCAUCUGUUGGUUCGAAAAUCUGCGAAAGUUAGAGCAAGACCUGUUGAGAAGAAUUUCGAAAUUUCUAUUCUUGCAUUGAAUCUAAAUGAGAGGAGAAAUGGCGAAGAAGAAGAAGAAGUAGUAGUAGGUGAAGCGCAACCUGAGGAGGUUCAGGGUGUAGGUAGGAAGCUACCAGAUAGUGAUAUUUUAUUGGAACCAGUUGUGGUUAAUCUGAAGAUUAAAUUGCCUUCUGUGGUUAGAGCUAUGAUUGAUUCUACACUUGAUGGGUUAGAGGGAGGAAACAAACCUAUCAGAUCUUCCGAGGGUUCUGGUGGAGCUUAUUUAAUGCCCGAUGUACUGGGAGAUGGGUAUGUAUCAGUUUUUAAGCCAAUUGAUGAGGAACCAAUGGCUGUAAACAAUCCUCGGGGGCUACCUGUAUCAUCAGAUGGAGAAGGAUUGAAGAGGGGAACUCGAGUGGGAGAAGGGGCAUUUAGAGAAGUUGCAGCAUAUGUUUUGGAUCAUCCAAUAAGUGGACCUCAACCAUUUUGUACUGAUAAAAUUGGAUUUUCUGGAGUGCCACCAACAAUACUUGCCAAAUGUUUACAUGAGAGUUUUUAUCAUCCGGAGGGAUUUGAAAAAUCAGCAGCGAAUGCUAAGAUUGGAUCGCUACAAAUGUUCAUGAAGAAUUAUGGAAGUUGUGAGGACAUGGGUACUCAGUCUUUCCCCGUGGAGGAGGUGCACAAGAUAGCUGUUUUGGACAUGAGGUUGGCUAAUGCAGAUAGGCAUGCUGGGAACAUUUUGAUAAGCAAAGAUGGAGAAUCAGGGAAAACUGUCUUGAUUCCGAUUGAUCAUGGAUACUGCUUGCCUGAGCAUUUUGAAGACUGCACAUUGGACUGGCUUUACUGGCCACAAGCUCGCCAGGCUUUUUCUUCUGAAACAAUGAACUACAUAAAUUCUCUAGACGCAGAAGAAGAUAUCUCAAUUCUGAAGUAUCACGGGUGGGACUUACCACUCGAGGCUGCCCGCACUCUCCGUAUCUCCACCAUGUUUUUGAAGAAGGGUGCGGAAAGAGGGUUUACCCCGUUUACUAUUGGAAGCAUGAUGUGCAGAGAAACCAUAAACAGAGAGUCCAUUAUUGAAGAGAUUGUCCGUGAAGCGAAGGACUCAGUCCUCCCAGGCAGUAGUGAAACAACAUUCCUUGAAACAGUCUCUGAAGUUAUGGACCACUGCCUCAACGAGCUUACUCGGUAAGAAAUCAAUGGAGGCAUACUUCAGGUACAUAUGUGUACACAUAUGUAAUAUGCACAUUUUAUCGUAAAUAUCAAGUCAUUUAUAAUUUGUGGGCGUUUUCCUUCAUCUGAUGGAACUUGAACCUCGGACUUUCCUUCAUCUGAUGGAACUUGAACCUCGGCACUUUCUUUCAAUGUUUAUUCUUCUGAAAUCUGAGUGUUUAAAAGUUAUAAAUAGAAGCUCAGGAUCUUACGUAUAUGGGUCAUUUAAUUAAUUAAUUUAUUUUAUACUUAGCCUCGUGUUGAAGAAAGAAAGGUUUUACAUUUAACAUACUAAUUAAAUGAUGCUGAAUCCUGAUCUUGACAUGUAAAUAUGUUUGAUCUGUUCACGUGUGUAAGAUAUUCUGUUUCUUGUGUAAGAUAUUCUGUUUCUUUUAGGAGUGAAUUACAUCUUUCUCUGGGAAACAA